AUGCGAUACUCAAUCUAUGUAUCGAUCUAUCUCGGCCUGUUUCUUUCUUUCUUUUUUUUACUAUCUCUUUCUCUCACUCUCUCUUUCUCUCUCUCUCUCUCUCUCUCUCUCUCUAUAUAUAUAUAUAUAUAUAUGUCUAUUCAUAUCAAUCUAUCUAUGGCAGUUUGCUCAUUAUCUAUCUAUCUAUCUAUCUAUCCCAGUUUGUUUGUUUCUAUCUAUCUAUCUAUCUAUCUAUCUAUCUAUCUAUCUAUCUAUCUAUCUAUCUAUCUAUCUAUCCCAGUUUGUUUGUUUGUUUCUAUCUAUCUAUCUAUCUAUCUAUCUAUCUAUCUAUCUAUCUAUGUUAAUAUUUUGUUCUUAUCAUUUCAUCUCUUUCGACUAAUUUCUCUCAAUUUUCUUUUUUUCUCUGUCUCUUUCUGUCUUUCUGUCUUUCUGUCUCUGUCUGUCUGCCUGUCUCUCUCUCUCUCUCUAUAUAUAUAUAAACGAACAUCGUUUGAUGAUAACCUGAUUUGUGAAACUGACCAUCUAUCGAUAUCAAUAUCUAUCUAUCUAUCUAUCUAUCUAUCUAUCUAUCUAUCUAUCUAUCUAUCUAUCUAUCUAUUUUAA